AUGCUAUUUACAUUCUUGGUUAUUCACUGUCUUUGCAUUUUUAUUUAUUACUUCAUUAUUUUUUCUUUUUCUUCAGUUUUCUUUUUUUUCUUUAAUUCUUUCAAAUUUUUUCUUCAUUUCCCAUUUCUUUUCUUACCGUCUUUCAUUCCGCAUUUAUUUUAUUCUUCCCUCUUUUUACCCUUUUCAUUACCUCUUUCUCUUUUCAUUACCUCUUUCUUCCCAUUUUCAUUACAUCUUUCUCUUUUCAUUACCUAUUUUGACACUUUUCAUUACCUCUUUCUCUUUUCAUUACCUCUUUUUACCCUUUUCAUUACCUGUUUCUCUUUUCAUUACAUCUUUCUUAACAUUUUCAUUACCUCUUUCUCUUUUCAUUACCUCUUUCUCUUUUCAUUACAUCUUUCUUACCAUUUUCAUUACCUCUUUCUCUUUUCAUUACCUCUUUUUACCCUUUUCAUUACCUCUUUCUCUUUUCAUUUUCAUUACUUUUUUUUCAUUACAUUUUCAUUUUCAUUACCUCUUUCUCUUUCAUUACAUCUUUCUUUUUCAUUUUUCAUUACCUCUUUCUCUUUUCAUUACCUCUUUCUCUUUUCAUUACAUCUUUCUCUUUUCAUUACCUCUUUUUACCCUUUUCAUUACCUCUUUCUCUUUUCAUUACAUCUUUCUUACCAUUUUCAUUACCUCUUUCUCUUUUCAUUACCUCUUUCUCUUUUCAUUACAUCUUUCUUACCAUUUUCAUUACCUCUUUCUCUUUUCAUUACCUCUUUCUCUUUUCAUUACCUCUUUCUUUCUUUUACCAUUUCAUUACCUUUUCUUUCUUUUUUUCAUUACCUCUUUUUACCCUUUUCAUUACCUCUUUCUCUUUUCAUUACCUCUUUCUCUUUUCAUUACCUCUUUCUCUUUUCAUUACAUCUUUCUUACCAUUUUCAUUACCUCUUUCUCUUUUCAUUACCUCUUUCUCUUUUCAUUACAUCUUUCUUACCAUUUUCAUUACCUCUUUCUCUUUUCAUUACCUCUUUUUCUUUUCAUUACAUCUUUCUUAGAUUUUCAUUAACUCUUUCUCUUUUCAUUACCUCUUUCUAUUUUCAUUACAUCUUUCUUACCAUUUUCAUUACAUCUUUCUCUUUUCAUUACCUCUUUCUCUUUUCAUUACAUCUUUCUUACCAUUUUCAUUACCUCUUUCUCUUUUCAUUACCUCUUUCUCUUUUCAUUACAUCUUUUUACCAUUUUCAUUACCUCUUUCUCUUUUCAUUACCUCUUUUUACCCUUUUCAUUACCUCUUUCUCUUUUCAUUACCUCUUUCUCAAUUCAUUACCUCUUUUUACACUUUUCAUUACCUCUUUCUCUUUUCAUUACCUCUUUCACUUUUCAUUACCUCUUUUCUUUUUCAUUAACAUCUUUUUCAUUACCUCUUUUUUUUUCAUUACCUCUUUCUCAAUUUCAUUACCUCUUUCUUCCCUUUUUCAUUACCUCUUUCUCUUUUCAUUACCUCUUUCUUUUUUCAUUACAUUUUCAUUUUCUUUUCAUUUCAUUAUCUUUUAG